AAUACCCUCCCAAGGCAGUAUCCAAGACCAUGACCCAAUGGAAGGGACCUCAGGUCAUCCAGCUAAUUCCAGCUCCAGGAAACCUGCACUAUGGGAACGUCCAGCUGUCCUCAGAGCCAUAAUCGUGGUUAUGACGGUCGUUGUCAUCGCUCUAGUAGCAGCUUUGAUAGUGGAAAAAUCUGGACAGCCUCCUCCAUGCCCCCCUGCUGCCUCCUGGUGCCCGGACGGCUGGAUCCGGAUCCAAGGGAAAUGUUACUAUUUUUCUACGCCCGAAGGGAACUGGACCUACAGCCGGAGCUUCUGCUCGUCACACGCUGCCUCCCUGGCCGGCAUUGAGAGUCUGCAGGAGCUGGUGAGAAGCCCGGAUAGAUGCUUU